AUGAGGUAUUUCGUGGCAAUAGCGCUAUUCGGAAUUGUAGCCGCUCGUACUGGCUUUGAUGCGAUCGGCGCUAUUUCAGUUAGCACUUUCCAGUGCUUGAAGAAGGAUGGAUAUGAUUUUUAUGUGGCCAGGGUUUGGCAGGAGAUCAACAACUACGACACCAGCGGCAUCCAGAACAUCAAGAAUGCACGUGCAGCCGGAUUCACCGACGUCGACGGCUACAUCUACCCGUGUCUGCGUUCCAAUUGCCCGGCUGGCGCGAACCAGGUUGAGGCCGUCAUCGACAAGCUGCACGCGGAUGGGGCUACUAUCGGCACGCUGUGGCUUGACGUUGAGGGCACCUGGCCGUCCGACAAGACGCACAAUCAGAACUUCAUCAAGGGAAUGGCAGACGCGGCCGAGAAAAAGGGCGUGAAAGUCGGUGUCUACACCGGUCAAUACUCGUGGCCGGAAAUCGUCGGAUCCUGGACCGGGAUGUCGAAAUACCCACUCUGGUGGCCCAACUACAACAAUGACCCUGGAUUCGGAAGAUUCGUCUCUUACGGAGGCUGGAGCAAGCCGGCGAUCCAUCAAUACCAAGGAGAUUUGACGAAGCGCCCGUGUGGACUUGGUGAUAUGGAUCUUGAUUACAAGGCC